AUGAUUGAGACCGUGGCGGGGUUGAGGAGGAGGAGGAACCGAGUCGCGCCGGUCCCCGUGGCCGCGCUCAGAGCGAUCUCUGCCUCCUCUCGCCGUGCCCCCGUCCCCUCUUCGCAGCCAGCCCUGCCCUGGCUUGCCCACGCUCUCGGUCUGGCUUGCCCUUCGCUCGUCUCUCAGCAGCCUCUCCCCCCCCCCCCCCCCCCCACGUCCUCGCUACCUGGCCCUGGUCGAGUCGUCUCCCUGCCCUGCACCGUGGCUCCUGUUUGUCUCCAGGAGUGCUUCUGCCCUCCCUUGUCUUACCGCGUCUCUGGACUUGCACCUUCUCUGCCCUGGCCGCCUCAACCCACGCUGCUGUGUCGAGACAGCCUGGCUCUACCCUUACCUCGUCUCGGCAUUCGCAAGGUAGAGCGAGAGUAACGCACGUGCGGCCAGGAUGAAGGAUGAACAUCCCGGCUGCAUGGGCAGGGUGGAGAUGAAGGAGGCUGGGGUUGGGGGGCCUCUGGGCUCCAAGCUGCAUGGGGGGGCCCCCAGCAGCCCAGGCGAGGAGGAUGGGGUGCUCAGCGAUGGAGUCAGCAGCUACAACAGCCUCGACUCUCCGCAGCGGUCGCCGCCAGAGCCACACGAGAGCAGCGACGCCCCCGCCGAGAUGUCCACCUACUUCGACGACAAGAUCCCCGUGCCGGACGCUGGCGCUGGCACGUUCAGCUUCCGGAAGCUGUGGGCCUUUACGGGUCCAGGGUUUCUCAUGAGCAUCGCUUACCUGGACCCGGGCAACAUCGAAUCGGACCUGCAGUCGGGAGCCAAGGCCGGGUUCAAGCUGCUGUGGGUGCUGCUGACGUCCACCAUACUGGGCUUGCUUCUGCAGCGCCUCGCCGCGCGGCUGGGGGUCGUUACGGGUAUGCACCUUGCUGAGGUGUGCAACCGCAACUACCCCAAGAUCCCUCGCAUCGUCCUCUGGCUAAUGGUGGAACUGGCCAUCAUUGGCUCGGACAUGCAGGAGGUCAUCGGCUCGGCCAUCGCCAUCAACCUCCUCUCCAAUGGCGCGGUUCCCCUGUACGGCGGGGUGCUCAUCACCAUCGCCGACACCUUCGUAUUCCUGUUCCUUGACAAAUACGGACUGCGGAAACUGGAAGCGUUUUUCGCUGUGCUCAUCACCACCAUGGCCAUAACGUUUGGGUAUCAGUACGUGAUGGUGGCCCCGGACCAGCGCGAGCUGCUCAAGGGGAUGUUCUUCCCGUACUGCGAGGGCUGUGGCACCCCACAGCUCGAGCAGGCAGUGGGCAUCGUGGGUGCUGUCAUCAUGCCGCAUAACAUCUACCUGCACUCGGCCCUCGUCAAGUCGCGAGCCAUCGAUCGCUCCAAGCGUCAGGAGGUGCGUGAUGCCAACAUGUACUACUUCAUCGAGGCCACCGUCGCCCUCUUCGUGUCCUUCCUCAUCAACGUGUUCGUGGUGUCCGUGUUUGCCGAGGCCUUCUUCGGGAAAACCAACAACGACGUGCGCACGGUCUGCUUGGAUCACCACAGCCCCCACGCGGACAUGUUCAGCAACGACUCGAACACGCUGCAAGUGGACAUCUACAAGGGGGGCAUCGUGCUGGGCUGUUACUUCGGCCCCGCGGCGCUCUACAUCUGGGCUGUGGGAAUCCUGGCGGCCGGUCAGAGCUCCACCAUGACUGGCACCUACUCCGGGCAGUUCGUCAUGGAGGGGUUCCUCGACCUCCAGUGGUCGCGGUUCCGGCGCACGCUGGUGACGCGAUCCAUCGCCAUUUUCCCCACGCUGCUCGUCGCCAUCUUCCAAGACGUGCAACACCUGACGGGCAUGAACGACUUCCUCAACGUGCUGCAGAGCCUGCAGCUGCCUUUCGCCCUCAUCCCCAUCCUGACCUUCACCAGCUCCAAGAACCUCAUGGAGGAGUUCACCAACAAUAUGUUCUGGAAGGUGGGCGGCGGCAUCGUGGUGCUCCUCGUGUGCUCCAUCAACCUCUACUUCGUGGUGGUGUACGUCAGCGCCCUGGGCCACGUGGCACUCUACGUCGUCGCCUCCAUCAUCGCCGCCCUUUACCUCGCCUUCAUCGCCUACCUGGUGUGGCAGUGCCUGCUGGUGCUCGGCGUGCAGCCAUGCGGUGGCUGUGCCGCGCUGCGGCGCCACAGCGCCAUGGAGGCUCUGCUGAUGGACGAUCGCAGCGCGGACGAGUGGCCUACCCAGGACGAGCGGCGACCGGACGACAGCCGGCUCCUACGGGAUGAUAGCCUGGAGGAGGACCGGCGCUCUCUUGUUGACCACCCGGAGCAUUAGUCGGAACGCCAACACCUCGGGAGGGCGAUUCCAACGGCGCUGCAGGACGGCGACCGAGAAGAAUGCCGUUGGGACUGGCACCGCCACCACCGCCGCUAACAUCCUCCUGCUGCUUUGCCGGCCGUGGCGGCGACGGCUCGUGCACAUGUCACCGCCAUGGCCGUGGCGUGGUCUGAGUGCUCGCUUGUUGCUGGUGGAGGCCGUUAUUACCUGGUGCUAAGCAAAGGGGUGGGGAACCUUUUCCUUCCUGAGAGCCGAAGAGUACAUUGAAAUACCUUUUGGAGGGCCACGCAAUUAGUUAUCGGACUAUUGCAUUGACUGUGUGACUUGCACUACUUGAAAGACAGCAGGUGACUCGAUCGCGCAAAAAUUAGUGACGCGCUGUUUGGCAGGUUGAAAAUGUAACCCUCGAUCGAGUGCUCAACUAGUGUGGCCAAGAAUUAUCGCAGUGAUGGAUAUAAAUAUCGUUUUCGGGCCGUUUUUAAGCGGCAGGUUUCAUGUGGCCGCCAGCCGUAUGCAUUGAAGUCGCGGGCUGAAUUUGGCCAAUGGGGCCGUGUGUGUUCCACCCCGGCCCUAAUCGACGACCGGGAUUGGUGCGGGAGACGCAGUCGCCGUCGUGGGACGCAUCGAGGUGGCCGAGCUGUCGACCGUCUAGAACUGUCGAGCGCCCACCUCGCUUCACGUGGCACGCGCUCGCGUGUGGGCGCGUGUUUUUUUUAAAUCGUAACUAAAACUUUUUUAAGGUUCUUGAAGCACAAUCGAGGGUGUUUGCUGGUGUGUGCACUCGACCUGGAGGGUGAGCUGCAGUCCCGGCUCCACGAUGCUUGGCAGCCAGGAACGGUAAUCGGGGCUUAAUUUCGACCGAGUUUUACCAGGUCAGCGACCCAGAAAAUAUUCCGUGAGAAGUUAAGCCCCGAACGUGAGCAUUCCACAUGUGCUUCUGCGUCUGUGUUAUGUGGCACAGGGUUGACCGCCGCUUCCUUUUUCUCCGAUGUCCAUUAGUUGCUAUUUGUCUUUGCCUGUCCGUUGGGGUCCCUCUGUCAAGAGUUUUCUCAGUGAGUUCCCUCCUUUAAGAAGGACUCAUUUUUAUAAACGCCGGGAAGGAUGAUGAGCCCCAGUUGACUCCUGACCCAGCUUUUAACUUGCGACUUUUCUGUUUGUGAGUCGAGCGCUCUGAUCACUGUGCUGCCCAGACUGAGCGUACCGACGUCAACAAUGCAUAUCGCCAUAAUCCUCUUUGGAAAUCACCUAUCCACUGCUGGGUGAUGUCUUCCACAAACCGUCGCUGUCCCGCAUGGUCACGCUAUCCAUCGAUCCAUCGAGCUCCUUCGCACAAGCCUCCGAUGCAGACGUCCUGUGAGGCGUCCCCCUCCUUUGCUACCACGCAUUUAUUGUAUACGACAAACAUUAAGUAAUAGCUACGUAAACUUCGGAGGGUUAAUAAGGUUGGUGGGUUGUGCGCCGUGCCUUCUUUCACAGGUGCUCGCUCUCAGCACUUGCCCCAACAGUCUGCUAAGGCUGUACCGGGGAUCUUUGUCUUUUCGAGGAGGGGGGGGGGGGUGGUGCAGUACCAUUGUUGUUUAGGUGCGAGUGCGGCAGAGCCGCUUGUGCCAUGUGGCUGCACCGAGACGCGAAGUGCCGUGAUCCGCGGAUCGGAGAGCGUGUUUUGGUCGCACCUGAAACCGUGGGCAGGACCUGGUGGGCAACAUGGGUGUGUGUGUGUGUAUGUAUGCCCACGUGAUAGGAAGAUGUAGAGGGGAGCGGUAGUGUAGAGGUUAUCGUGCUGCGCUCCGAACCCGGCGACCCGAGUUUGAUUCCCGCUCAUGGCCACCACGAGUGACGAUUAUCUGAACUGGUCCUGGGACUCCCCUAGGUUGAGUCAUCAACAAAUGAGUACCUGGUGCAGUGUGUAAAUAUCGCCACUAGGGAGACAAAGGCGGCCGGGCGUGGUGCUGGCCACCCACCCCCUCGUGUGGCGUGCCGGCCUUCAUAGGUGCUUGAUAACAAGCACUUAUGAAGUAUGUUAAGGCUAUACGGGGAUCUUUGUCUUUGAUAGGCAGAUUAUUAUUAUGAUCAACACGAGUGCCAGCACUAAUUGAUAAGAGUUCUCCUACAUAAGUAAACAUCCUUUCGUGUGAGUAUUGGACAUGUGUACGUGCUGCUUGGUGUGUGUUACCAGUUUACCAGCGUCGCUGUGUUUGGAAGCUGUGCAUUGUCCAUGAGGUUUUGGAAGUUUAGGCAGAGAUGUGCAUUGAUCCAGAGAUGUGUUUUAGCAGGCGUCUCUUUGAGCCAGCUGUGCAUUGUCUGCAGGAAAAGAGCAUAAUUUUAUUUUAAUUUUAAUGUGAUGUGAUGUGAGUUUUGUGCCAAGUGGUUUCCAGCAAAAUCCUCCUUUGGCAAAGGGGGGUGUGAUUUUCAUCAAACUUUGCACCAAGAUGACCACAUCUGGGCGAAGAUUUCCAGCCCCAGUUGCUGUCGGCUUCCUUCAGAACGGACGUUCAGACUUGCGUCGUCGUGGUUGGGUUACGUGGAAUCUCUUUUUAUAACGCGGUUCCACGAUGCGUAACACCGAUGACGGCAGAAACAGCUGGGGCGCAUUGAUUCCUUGCCAAAUUGUCAAUGGGAUACAUUUUCGGACCUGGAAUUCGGUGGCGUGUGAACAUCAUUGUAAGUGCGACGGGAGGGGGGGGGGGGUCUAAAAUAUGUAUAUGAAUAUUUAAUGAAUACAUUUUUUUAAUGCUAUGAAUAUAAAAAAAUGAAUAUCCAAAAAUAUGAGGGUGCAAGGUUCCCACUGGCAGAGCACGUGGUAGACCGGCAAUCCCAAGGGUCCCAGGGUUCACCAAUUGUGUCGGCGGACUGCGUGCCUCGGCUCGUGGUUGUUGACCUUGUGCUCUUUCGCCUUGUCCGGCUUCCAGAGGUUUUACUGUGUGGGCUGUGUUUGCAAGCUGGGAAAUAAGUAUGGUUUAAGGGGGGCUGACUAAGCCCUGUUGGCCCUCGCUACCCACCGUUGGUGGUGUUCACCAGAUUUUAUGGCAGAAAGAUUGACUUAUCGUAUGAGGUCGCACUUUACACUUUGGUAGCUGAGCAUCUCUGAAGUUUGUCGAGUUAACGGUUUUGAAUUGAUAUACGAACAUUUCCCCCCCCCCCCGUUAAUAUAUUGAGUAACAAAUAAACAUCAAGUAUUACUGUUUUUUAUGUUCACAGAUACAUUAUCUACACAAUUACUCUUUGGUUCUUUCGGUAAAGACGUCGAAAGAAAAUAAAAUAAAUCGUAGAAUACGACGUUUCGAUUGUAACACAAGCAGCCGUCAUCAGGUGUGAAUGCAAGCUCGGAGAGAGACAAACACAGACACGGAGAGAGACAAACACAGACACGGAGAGAGACACAGAAACACAUAGAGGAGAGACACAGAGAGAGACACUGUUUGUCUCUCCGUCUCUCCGUGUGUCUGUCUCCGUGUCUGUGCUUGUCUCUCUGUCUCUCUCCGAGCUUGCAUUCACACCUGAUGACGGUUGCUUGUGUUGCAAUUGAAACGUCGUAUUCUAUUAUUUAUUUUAUUUCUACGUGACUUUACCGAAAGAACCAAAGAGUAAUUCCUGCAGUCACGAAAGCUUCGAAUCAAAUGUCUACACAAUGUAAAAUUUGAUUACGUUUGCAGCAUGAUGUCUCUCCAGGUUUCUGACGUCACACUGGUGUAACGUGCUCAGAAUCGCCUUAAAAGGGGACCACGUGCCGCAUGCACCUUGUAGCUGCGACUGCUGCCCUGUCGGCGUUUGCUUUGAGACGGGGUCAGGGGGUCUCUUGCACAGCGACGAUGAGAUGUAUUGCUUGUUUACCCAGGAAAGCCUCACUGAGUCAGUCUCAAGACACGUUUUCAGGAGGGUCGUACUAAAGUUUAUCACAGUAGGGGGCGAUGAUGCUACGUAUAUAUGUUGAACUUCUUUCGCACCGUACCUACCCGGGAGGUGUACUCCCAGUAUGAAUUUGCGUAAUUUUUCGGCAGAGGGAUGUUUGGCCAAUGCCAGUUACAACGCAUGUUUUUUUAAGUCUUAGGUUUAUAAUAUAUGGAGGCCCAACAAACAACACAACCUAUAUUUUCUCUACUCUUUGGUUCUUUCGGUAAAGUCACGUAGGUAGAAAAAUAAUAGAUCACGACGGCUACUUCAGCAGUUUUUUCUUGCUGUGGUUGUCCCACCUGAUGACGCUUGCUUGUGUUGCGAUCGAAACGUCGUGAUCUAUUAUUUUUCUACCUACGUGACUUUACCGAAAGAACCCAAUAGUAUGGAUUCCUGCCGUCACGAAAGCUUCAAAUCUAUAUUUUCUCAGUUAUUUUAAACUGAUACAAAAUGUUCCAUAAUCAUGGGAACGUCAUAAAACAGUUGGUUGUUUUCAUCAUGGUCACCAACCUCUGUGCACUUCGGCGAACUUGGAACCAGGACCAGAAUUGACGGCAUUCAAAUGAGUAUUCGGUUAUAUGUAAUCAACAGCAAACAGCAUCCGGUAUAGCAGUGCCAUUUUUCGAAAUGUAGGCCAUCCUUCAAAGAGCUGGACAGAUGAGAAUGUGGUGCCAGAUCUGGGCUAUCUGGUGGAUGGAGCAGUGCACCGCACACCGAACUCUCGAAUGGCCUCGGAAGUUCUCGGGAUCGUCUGUGGUCUGUAGUCUGCUGGAGGAGGAUCUGACAAUUUGUCGUGACAUUCAUGAUUAUCAGUGGUGAAUCGUUUCAAUUUUAUAUCGAUUUAAUUACAAGUUCUGAGAAAGCAACAGGAGGCCUGUGGAUUUUUCUCCGGGUCCUCCGUUUUUCCCUCCACGUUUAGAAACAUGCGUUUCGAGUAUAUGGCUGCUAUAAAGUUCCACAUAAGUCACUUUCUUGACCCAUCAUUUGUGGCCAGGUCGCUUCCAAAAAAAAGCUAUAUAGCUCCGUGGGCCUUUCCUGGUAAAAUAAAAAUGUUUUUACCCCCACCCCUCGUCCGGAUAAGGCUUGUACAACAAAUGUCCCUUGCCGAAUAUCCGAUUGGUAUCCUGUUAAUGUAUUAAUUUAUAAUUCUAUUUAUACCAGUAGAAAUCAAAAUGUAUUUAAUAAUGAAAUAAUAAAUGCGUGCUCUAUUCGCAUUAUUUGACGCUUAGUGGAGAAAUGAUCUGCAUAAAAUCACUUUCAACACAAGGUCGGUGUUUUUGACUUUGCGUACAUGUCAAAUACGUCACGGUUUUUGUGAAAUACACGCACAAGUGCCUGUAAACGUGGGUACGUUUAGUCGAAUGAUUGCAUGUUUUUUCAUAAAUUGCCAAACUGGUGGUGCGUGAAGCCACCGGGUCAAAUGGAUGCCAAAGACAUCUCGAUCGACGACUUGACGUUUCUUUUAGUUUGGCCGGCAGUGCCAAUUCUAUGAUGCUCAUUAUCACAUAAUUAAGAGAAAUGCCCCCUGUACUUUUCUGCCCCUCCCCCCCCCCCCCCCCAAAUGAGGCAGCUCCUUGGGGUCAAGUUAGAGGUCAUCGUGGAUGUCAUUCAUGCUACAAGACCUCGCCAUCUAUUUCCUUUUGAAGAUCCCACAGCAGUUUUGGUUGAGACGUGACGUGACUUACAACGGCUGCUCACACUCAUCCCACUGUUGGCGUUUUACACUAAGUGUGGAUUUGGGUGCCCCCCUCCCCCCCACAAGGUCGUCUCACCCCCCACUUAUUAUUCAAUCCUGGAAUCGCCACUGUUUGCUGGUGCACGGUGCUGGUGACAAUUGAGAUGCGUGCGUCUUUCUAGGUCAGAGUUGAACGCGUUUAACGUCGCUGCGUGCACACAAAUAAGAGGGUGGUCUUCAUGCUGAAAGUCCUGUCCCAAGAAAAAUGUUACGUUUAAAUGUGUGGCGGUCAGCACAUACCACAGCCUGGCAGUGAAGGUCCCGUUCCACCUACACGUGCAUUAUGGCCAAAGUGUUGUCUCCUUUAAUAAAUGGAUGUUCCAAGACUGUUGGGAGUAAGCCUGUUAUUUAAAAAUGCAUACUCUUAACUCCGUGAAGAUAAGGAGGUUGACCUUUCAGACCCGCGAAGAGCCCAGGGGGGAGUGGUGGUGAAGUGGUUGGACAGCACAAACCCAGCAACCUCAGUUCGGCUCCCAGUCACAGCUAAUAUCCGCGGGAAGUGAUCUGUACUGGCCCAGGCUUCCCCAUCUUCGCAAAUCUGCACUAAAGUAUGGUUCAUGACUGCCCCGGCAUGGAGAUGCCUUCAGCCAACAGUGGAUUGGCAUCGGGCCGUAUAUUAAAUUAAGAACCCCCAGACACCCGAAUUAAAUUUGUCGAGGGAGACGAGCUCAUUGUGCCACUGGGAUCCGAGUUCUCGGGGCACAAGGCAGAGAGACUUGCGCGUGGAUUGUAUAGUGGAGGUUUUAUUUGCUUCGCCAAUGUCCAACAUUCAAUACAGGACAAACAAAGUGUAAAGUGAUUUUUCAUGUGUAUAUAUUAUUAAAAUAACACCUUUCAUUUUUCCGAAUAAAUACCGUUUGGUAACCAGA